UGUGUGUAUACUGGGAUUCUCGUUAUCCUUUUAAGCUCUCUGAGGAUGGCUGAGCCAAGUGGGAGAUAUCAGCUGCUGCCCAAUGAAGAGGAGCCAGAGGAGGGACCUCAGGUGGCCAGUGAUCCUCCGCCCCCUUACAGUAGCAUUGCAGCUGACAGAGCAGCAUAUUUUGAUUACAAAGACGAUGCAGCAUUUCCCAAGCCCCCAUCUUAUAAUGUAGCCACAUCUUUACCAUCGUACGACGAAGCUGAGAGAACCAAAGCAGAGGCUACUAUCCCACUGGUGUCAGGCCAACACAGGGAGCGUCUGGACACAUUCGAUGACGUAACUCGCUGUGCGCUGGAGGAUGAUGACUUUGUGGCCAGAGAUGACUUUGAGGAUGCUGACCAGCUGCAGAUAGGCAACGAUGGCAUUUUCAUGUUGACAUGUUUCAUGGCAUUCCUCUUCAACUGGAUUGGCUUCUUUCUGUCAUUCUGCCUUACAACCUCAGCAGCUGGGCGUUAUGGCGCCAUAUCUGGGUUUGGUCUGUCCCUCAUCAAAUGGAUUCUCAUCGUACGGUUCUCUGCUUAUUUCCCUGGUUACUUUGAUGGACAGUACUGGUUAUGGUGGGUGUUUCUGGUGCUUGGCAUCCUGCUCUUCCUCAGAGGCUUUAUUAACUAUGCUAAGAUCCGAAAAAUGGCGGACUCCGUUUCUACUCUUCCACGGACCAGAGUUCUCUUCAUCUAUUAAAGUCACUUGCUGGAAAUGAAAACACAUUCAUGGGCCUGCAUUGAGCCGUUGACCCAGUGGGGAAAAUAUAAUUAAGAAAAAAAAUCCUUCCAUCUGUUAUCUACUCAUCCGAAAGGAAGACCGCGGAAUUCCAGAGCGUUGGAGGAAGAGCGUUUUUUUCCCGCUCUCUGCUUUUGAAAAUGCAGUUUGGGUGUCAGAUAGCAAGAUACUCUUUUUACAUUUCUAGAUGUAUAGUGGAUGCUAACAGCUCUAUACCUGUUCUGAAAUCAUUAGUGGUUUGAUGUUGAGUGCUAUUUGCUCUUUUCAAGUCUGUAAUGUAUUAAACAAACCAUAUGUAUGAAUUCUUGUUUGUAGUACAGGCAUGCACUAUGCUCCCUGUUAACCAGUAGGGGGAAGUCUUGCUUUUUUUUAUUGCAGUGUGUGUGCUUUUUUUUUCCCUGUGACGUUUGACAAGAAGGCAACCAGUCACUGCUGGCCACCAUUCAUGAAGAGCUUUUCUCUUUGUGAAUGGCAGUGUGAAAUGAAUUGAAUCUAAAACAGUCAAUGCGUUUCUUCUAUUCUCUUCUACCGUUUCUCUCUGCCUCCUUACAUAACAUGAAAUUAAAGUUACUGUUUUUAAGUCGUCAUUAUUGAUGUGGUUCAGACGUGUUUUAUUGGCCAUGUAGUUCUUUCAAACGGCUUAUUAAUACCAAAAUUAGGAUCAAGGAAUAUUUCUUAAAAGAUCCAGGAGAUGCGUGAAUGGCAUCUAGCAUCAGUAAAUGUAAAUGUAUGGUUGUUCACUUAACAUUUGGCCCCAUGUUUGAGUACUUGCAACUUUUCAGGGAAGAAAACUUUAAUAUUUGCAUUCAAACAUUUCUCCUUUUAUACUAUACGGCUGUCGGCUGAUAGCACUGCACAUUUUUCCGAUCUUUGAAUAUACAUUUAGCCGGAUGCCUCUCCCUCACCUUAUGCAGUGGCCGUGAUAGGGGCCCGUUUGAUCUCUCGCUGUCUAAUCAUGCAUGAUUCUGUUGUGGCUUGUCUGCUCUUGUCACCUUGGGUCUCGUCCGUGACACAGGAAGUUACUCUUUUGUGUUGUGUUUUCCAUGCAGCUUUGUGGUCGCCCUCUGAAUUCCAAUGGCUGUGCACAUGUAUUUGCUUGUAAAUAAGAUACUGCUAUUAAAUGUCUCUGGUGUUCAACA